AUGUUUUGGCCGCUGCUCCUCCUAGCCGCGGCCAUUGCGCUCGCGCAGUACGCGUGGCGGAGGCGGCCGCUUUACGAAUUCGCCAGGAAGUACCCUCUCGGCAUACCGACAUAUCCUCUCAUCGGCCAGUCGUACAUAUUCGCGGGAACGGAUGAAGACCGAAUGAACGCAUUUAUAAAAAUGGGCUACAAGGCCCUUCAAAACGGAGGUACCUCUUCGUUGUGGCUGGGGCCGAAGUUGUAUGCAGUGAUCAGCGAGCCCGAGCUGCUGGAGGUGGUCUCCAAGACGUGUCUGGAGAAGGACUCCAUGACUAUGAAGUUCCUGAGGCUGAUUCUAGGGAACGGACUCAUAUUUGCUCCGGUCAAGAUCUGGCGCCCCCGCCGCAAGAUAAUGGCGCCGACGUUUAGCAUGAAGAACCUGCACGAGUUCGUGACGGUGUUCGACAAGCAGAGCCGCUUUAUGGUGUCGCAGCUGCGAGCGCACGACGGCGGCGGGGACUUCUCCUUCUGGGAGUACGUCACUUCCUACACGUUUGAUGCUAUCUGCGAGACAGUCCUGGGCAUGGAGCUGAACGCGCAGAAGGAGCGGCACCACCUGUUCAUCGAAGCCUUCGACGUGAUCAUCCAGAUCCUCUCCAAGCGCAUGCUGUCGCCCUGGCUCUACUGGGACUGGGUCUUCAGGCUCACCUCCAACUACAAGCCCUUCAUCGAGCAGAGGACGAAAGGUUACGCCUUUUUUGACAAGAUUAUAAGUGAUAGAAGAAGAGAAUUGGCAGAACAAGGGACUGACUACGAUCCCAAGGACCGCAACAGAACGUUCCUGGACAUGAUGAUAUUGGCUCCCGGCGGCUACACGGACAUCGAGCUGAGGGAAGAGAUCAUCUCCAUCGUGUGUGCCGGCACGGACACCUCGGCCGUCGGCACCGCCUUCGUCGCGCUCAUGCUGUCCAGGUAUCCCCGGGUGCAGGACAAGGUCUACGAAGAAUUGCAGGAGGUGUUCGGCGGGUCAGACCGGCCGGUGACGUGGCAGGACCUCCCGCGGCUGAAGUACAUGGAGGCCGUCAUCAAGGAGACCCUUCGGCUGUACCCGCCCGCGCCCGUCGUCGUCAGGGACGUGCACGAGACGGUUGCUCUGCCAAACGGCGCGACGCUACGCCCCGGGAUGGCCCUGAUCCUGCACUUCUGGGCCGCGCACCGCGACACCAAGUACUGGGGCGACGACGUGGAGCAGUUCCGGCCCGAGAGGUUCCUGGAAGGGCCGCUGAAGCACCCCGCGCAGUUCGUGGCCUUCAGCUACUCGCAGCGGAACUGCAUCGGAGGCAACUACGCCAUAAUGUCAACGAAGACGAACCUUUCGAACCUGCUGCGCCGCUACGAAGUGCUGCCGCCGCUGAGCGUGCCGCCCGACCAGCUGCUGGCGCCCUUCAGGGUGAAGUUCGACGUCAUGAUGAAGCACUGCGACAACUUCGAGCUCAGGAUACGGAGCAGACACAACGGACAACGGAAAAAGUGAUCCACCAAAAUAGUGCGCGCGAAUGAGGGUCUAAGAUGGAUGUG